CGACAUAUGGUGCCCAAAUAGUCUGGCUACACUCAUAUUUGUAAAAAUGUUGAAGUCCAUAUACGUAACUCCGUUAAAUUUGCUUAAAUCUGCCUCCACGGUUCAGCAGCAAGUGCGGACCACUUUCAUUCUCAAAAGAAAGUAUGACCCACCGCUACACAAAACCAACGAGAAGCCCCGCCGGAUGAGGGCGAAGCACUUCAUUUACGAACUAGUGGAGGACACUCUGGUCAAAAAGCGGCCCAACAUGCAGGUGGUACUAAAGACAUUCGUGGAGGGCGUUGGAGACAAAGGGGACGUGGUGUCCAUGAAGCCGCAUUUCGUUUACAAUAAGCUGCUGCUGCCAGGCUUAGCAGCUUACAAUACCCCGGAGAACGUGGCCAAGUACGCCAAGACGGAAGCGGAAAAGUCGGCAGUGAAACAUAGCUCAGCCUAUGCUCAACGGACAGUUAACAUGUUAGAAUCUAUUGUGCUGGCGGUAGUAAUGAACAAGGAUGAGCCUUGGGUGCUGGAGCCUUGGCAUAUCAAGGCCUCUCUGCGAAAAGCCGGAUUCCAUUGUCGCGAAGAGUGCAUAACCCUGCCUAAGGAUCGCAUAGAGGGUCCCGAUCUAAAGAAAGAAAACAAGGAUUUUUAUUGCACCAUUACUAUUAAUAAGCUGGAGCAGGCGAGGCUCAAGUGCCGGCUGCACCACUGGAGCACCGAUCCCAGCGAACGAUUGCCUUAUGUGCUGGAGCAUUGGAAAAUGGAAUCUGAGCCCUUGUUGAACGUGGGCUUGCCCGAGAAAAGCCCCGAGUCUACCCAAUAAAGUUGAUUGUUACCAAGA